UGCACCAGCACAGUUCAGUCUGAGUCCAACCAUCAAGAUGCAACUGCUGCCAAUUCUUGUGCUCCUGGCUCUGGUCAUUUGUGCCGCCUGCAAGAACCACGAGGAAUGGGGAGGACACCGACCGGGAGACUACGAACCCAGGCCAUGUUCAAGGCCGUUUUAAAAUGGGAAGCUCCUUCAAAUUGCCAUUCCAUUCCGUAUAAAAUAAUUUAUUUGGGAGAUGAAAAAUAAACAAUACCACUUUGAGUAA